AUGCAUCUGAGCCGAAUCCAACAAGGGAAGGACGAGUCUUUAAGAAGCUAUGUGAAGUGCUUCAAUUUGGAAGCCGACCAGAUUCCCGACUUGCAAAAUGGAGCAUCUUUUGACAAUUUAAUCAGAGGACUGAAAAAAGGAUCAUUCAAGAUUGAUUUGGUGAAGAAAAGGACCAUGUUUGACUUAGAGCGUCUAUUCCCGAUAAAGUCCCCCGUCGAGAGUCGAGACCCUAAACUAUAUUGCCAAUUCCAUGAUGAUAUAGGUCAUGAUACAAAAUACCAUAGGACCCUGAAGAGGGCCCUGGAUGGCUUAGCGGCUAAAGGUCAUCUAAAGAGUUAUUUGCAGAAAAGUACUCACGGUACAAGGAAAAAAUUGUACAAAAAGAACAAAUCACCCACCUCAGCAGGAGGCGACAAUCAAACUGAUGGGGGGCACAUGACCCAAAGACAAUUGAAAGAAUCAAUUAUACCAUCAUUUGUUUUGGAGGAAGCGUUAUUCACCUAG